AUGGACUCCAGUUUUCUUUCUGGCUUUUCAGAUUCGUCUACCACACCGUUGUUGGAGUACAGCGGGAAUGGUGCCCUCGGCGUGUAUGUUGAGGGUGUUGGUAAUAGCUCAAGGCCAGACAACGACAUCAUGUCAAUGUUCAAGACCGAUGGUUUCAGUGACUUCGAGCUGGACUUGACAUGCCUUUCGAACCCCCCAUCUCCUCUCAUAGAGCCUACGACGCCUAUCACCUCUUCUGAGCACGUCGGUGCGUUGGAACUCAUGUCUUUGCCACCCGUCAUCCCGAAAAGAUCUCCAUCCAUGAAGUCCUUAUCGUUCUUUUCAUCCCAACCUUCGAAGAUCGAUCCUCCACCUUCGCCCAAGACGACAGUGACACCCAUAGAUACGCUGAGGAAUUCGGGUUCUUCAAACGGCCCUUGGCCACUCGUCAAGUACGUAGGUCGCGGAACACCCAUAGAUCCCACUCGACGAAUCGAAUGGAACCGCCCCCCCGGCGCUGGCGCCGAUUCCGCCGCAAACGAACACGGUGUCUUGUUCAACACCUCUGGCGGCCCAGGAGGUCGUUCACACUCAUUAGACUCAGCCGUUCGCAGUUCCCAAGAAUGGCAACGUAGUAUCGCACCCUCUCAUUCUCAUACUAUCUCCUCCUGCGCCGGUCCACGCUCGCUAUCCCCUCUUUUGCAGUUGAGUCUGGACACUUCGCCUUUAGAAGUUUUACCGGAAUCUUCCAAGCUCCAGAUUAAGGGCAUCGAGUCCGAUCCGGAUGAAUGGACUUCGGUGAUGGAUACCGUCAUGAAAUCGUCAGGAGUAACAGCAACGACAGCUAGUGGGUCGGGGGGGGAAAGGGAAAGGGACGACGGAUAUCACAAACAGCUUCCUUCGCCUCCUGACUCCAAGGUUCACGAGCCCAAGCAAGGGUCCGGGCCCAGCGCCCGCGUCACAGUUACCUCACAAUCACAAUCACAUUCAAGUUCAACCCACGAUUUCGGGAUAUUCGGAUUAGAAACCGCAGUCGAUUUGGGUUUGGGUCUUGGGAAUGGAAUGAAUUUUUUCAAUUUGGGAUUGGCACCUGGGACUUCGAUGACUCGGACUCUGAGUGGUGGACAUCAUCGACGGGCGAGUACGACUGGUGGGAGAGAUACGCCUUCAGUGUAUUCUACAGCUCCGCCUACGCCUCAGGAACAGACUCCGUCUCCACCUGCUUCUGUUACCAUCAAAGAUGAUAAGAAGUCGGGGAAAGGGGGGCAGGAACGAGAGGUUCAACGGGAUCUAAUAGACGAUUAUGAGGUUGAAGGGAGUACUGCGGGUAUGGACAGCCCGGGGACAUCUAGUGGGAAGUUUAUUCAGGACCAUCAUAGGGCGCAGUGGUGGAAGAAGUUGUUUGCGCAAUUGAGAAAGUUGCAAAUGAUGUUGCGGGUACAUCAACAUCAUACGGCGGGUAAGUAA